UAUUACUUUCUUUGUCCUAACACGAUUCCUUUGGAUCUAUCCCAUCUUCGCUAUGGACCUACCACAACAGCUCAAGGCCGUAACUCUCACACACGUCCGCUACCGUCGCGGCGAUCAGCUCGGGCACUUCCUCGCCUGGAUCUCCCUUGUCCCGGUCUUCAUCAGCCUCGGCGGAUUCGUCUCCCAUUUCCUCUUCCGCCGCGAGCUCCAAGGGAUCUUCUUCGGCCUCGGCCUCGUGAUCUCCCAGCUCAUCAACGAAUUCAUCAAAACCACCGUGGAGCAGGCUCGCCCCGAGACGUGCACCCUGCUCGAGGCCUGCGACUCGCACGGGUGGCCGUCGAGCCACUCGCAGUUCGUGUUCUUCUUCGCGACGUACUUUUCUUUGAUGGGGUGCAAAGGGAUCGGGUUCUGGUUCGGGUUGAGGAGCAGAUGGGUUCUGAAUCUGUUGCAUUGGUGUCUUGCUGUUGUGACUAUGUAUUCUAGGGUGUACUUGGGGUACCACACCGUGGCGCAGGUUUUCGCGGGGGCUGCGUUGGGGGCGGUUGUUGGGGGGAGUUGGUUCUGGGUGGUGAAUAGUGUGUUGUAUCGUUAUUUUGCGGUGAUUGAGGAGAGUAAGUUGGGGAGGAUGCUGUGUGUUAAGGAUACUUCUCAUAUUCCUGAUGUGUUGAAGUUUGAGUAUGACAAUGCUAGAGCUGCUAGGAACAACACUAAGUCCGAUUGAUUUGGUCGGAAAAGCACUGUUAUAAGGCUCAAAUGAACAUGAAACUCACAAGAGCUUCUUCACACUUUUUAUUUUUUUACAUUCCUUUUUCAUAUUGACAUAUCUAUAUUGAAAGAUACAUUGCUUCAUAGAUUAAAUAGAAAAAUUAUUGGUCUGUGGUUUUAAGGAUUCACAAGCACGUCUUAGUGUAUUUCUUCAAUAGUUGGAAAGAGUUGAUAAGACUUAUGAUGCA